GGCAUGCUCCCUGGGGGCAAAAAGUAGGGCCAGCGUCCGGCGUCCUGCCAUGGCCAAUCGAGGCCUUUGCCUAUGGGCGUUGGCGACUUUGAUCGUUGUGCCAUUUUGGCACAGCGGCCUCAGCUUCGGCGUGAAAACGCCCAAUUUCUCCGGACGUAGCCGAAGUCCUAUCCAGAGAGAGGCCUUGAAACGCCUCACUAAGAAAGAGAAGAUGAUGCGAACCAUCUCCAGGAUCAGAGAGAAUGGAGUUGGGCAACUGAACAACAGACUCAUGAAAAAACAGUUGAGGAGGGUCAAUCGCAUUGCACAAGAUGAUGCCUGGGUCAAUGAUUUCUUAUCCUUUUCCAGGCCGAUGCCUGUUGGUGGCGAGUUCAUCAUGCCUCCUGAGGUUGCUAAAGCAGCACUCGAAGAGAUCUACGGCGAGGGCCCUGACCUACAAAACAUUGACCUCGAAGAGUUGGAAGAUGACACCCCCAUUGAGGAAGAAGUGAAAGAUCUUGAGCGCUUACGCCGCAAAGUGGAUUUUUCCAAAUCCCCUGGCCGCAGCAAAAAAACCCGCGUGGGCUGGACCUCGGUCCCUGGGGUUCAGAAGUAUGUGGGCAGUGUGCCGCAGGAGAUUGCCACAGGGAUCCAUGGCAAUGUAGGAGGCAGCGUUUCGAACCGAGGAUACCAAGACGUCUGGAUCAGUGGAGGUUCUGUUCGCUACGACUACGAGGACAAGCCAUGGUAAAAGCGGGAACGACUCGGUGACAUCAGCAGAUGACUUCUGACAUCUUCUGACCUUCGGCAACAGCACACAAAAGUGUGCGAGGCACAGAAUGAAGAACCGUGCAGACUCCUCGGCAAAAAAAA